GCGCAUGCGCGGUCCCAGCAGCAUCAGCUUCCCCAGCGGUCACCAGUCAGUGUCUGCCUCUGAACCUGCAGCGGCUCCAAGUGUUUGCCUGCUCCUCGUGCACGCGCAGGGCUAGUGACCUCAACUACAACUACAACUGCAAACCAUGAAUUACCAACGUGAUCUAUCAAAGCCGAGUCCGAUUUGUCCGUGAAGUCAACAGGCGGUGAUCGUGAUGUACUAUCUACGGAGGAAAGCAGCAUUCUCCGGGUUCAGGUUAAGGCCUACUUGUUAGAUCUCCAUCCUCGUCUCAACGGAGUCGCGUCGUGAUGGCUGAAGACCAGCAGCAGUCUGGCCCCGGUUUAGGACCUUUAACGUUACCUUCCGCGGUUCAAGGAUUGCAUGGGACUGAGACCAAUGCGUUGCAGCUAAAAAUAAAGAGCUCGAUCUGCAAAACCGUACAAUCAAAGGUGGAUUGCAUUUUGCAAGAUGUGGAGAAACUUACAGACAUUGAAAAACUCUACCUCUAUCUCAAGUUGCCUUCUGGACCCAGCAGUGGCAGUGAGAAAAAUGAGCAGAGCUCCAUGUCAUCAAGUCGUACCCAGCAGUUGCAUGCUUUCAGCUGGAUUCGUAACCACCUUGAGGAGCACCCCGAAACAUCGCUGCCUAAACAAGAAGUCUACGAUGAGUACAAGAGUUACUGUGAUAGUCUGGUGUAUCACGCUCUCAGUGCUGCAGACUUUGGAAAGAUCAUGAAGAACGUCUUUCCUUGUAUGAAGGCGCGUCGACUUGGCAUGCGAGGCAAAUCCAAGUAUUGUUAUAGUGGACUUAGAAAGAAGGCUUUUGUUCACAUGCCAUCUCUUCCAAACCUAGAUCUUCACAAAUCAGGUGAUGGGUGUGAAGUGUUUGAAUCUACUGGUCAACUGUCCAGUGCAGAAGAUGAGGUGCGCAUGGCUGCAUGUGGUCUGGUGUGUGAGUGGGCACAGAAAGUGCUGAGUCGGCAGUUUGACAGUGUUGAGGAUCUGGCUCGGUAUCUUUUGAACAGCCACUACAUUGGAACUAAGUCUGUGGCUGCUCUGACUGUGAUGACCGGUUCCCCAUCAGGAGCAAAGAUUUCCAUUCAGUCAUCUGCAUUUGCUCCCACAGCCGAUGCACACUCAUUCCAACCUCAGGUUAAAACCCUGGUCUCACCCUCGGUAGAUGCCAAACAGCAGCUGCAAAGGAAGAUCCAGAAGAAGCAGCAAGAACAAAAACUGCAUUCUCCACUCCCUGGUGAAGCUCAGGCCAGGAGGGCAGAUGGGGGCAUAACUCCUGGGGCAGGGACAGGCAUACCCUGUGGAAGUCCUGCUCUUCUCUCGCCACAACCUAUUGGUAUUGUGGUUGCAGCUGUUUCCAGCCCCAUCACGGUUCAGAGGAGCAGACAGUUGAUGUCUCCUAGCCCUGUUCCCAUGGCAGCUGCAGACAGCAAAGUUCUUCCUGUAAACUUUCAAGUGGUUACUCAGUCAGUGCAGCCUGUGAAGCAGUGCCCCAAGACACCUCGUAACAUCUCGGCCAGUCCGAUCAGUGACCGGUCAGCCCGUCACCGGUAUGCCCAAAUCCUGCCCAAACCAUCUGCCUCAAGUGGCAUCACCCUGCGCUCACCGACACUGCUCAUCACUAACAGCCCCAUUAAGACUGUAAUGUCAACUCCACAUGUCAGUUCGGUCAAUGUAGUCAAGAUGACAACCAUAUCUCUGGGCUCUAAUGGCAGUGGGACCAGCACACCAGCCGAUAACCCUGCCAGCAACAAAGUCAGACCUGCAUCUGCUGGAAUUGCCAACCUCAACAACGAUCCACAGCCAGUCACACGUGUUCGCAGUGGGUCUAUAGCUGCAAUGCCAUCUGUUUUGGAAAGAUCGGGGUGCUCAACAAUCACAACGCCAGUCAUUGACAAUAAAACAAAUACUGAAGACAUAAUUGGAAGUAGUCAAGAGCUUGGUGGUAUGAGUAGACUGGCAACCUGUCCGGACGCCGUUGGUGGUGGUGUACAAUGGUCAGGAAAGCUCAAACCCAGAGCAGCUAGCGUACCCAAUCCUCUUGACAAGGGCUCCCUGGGAUUGGACACUCUAACAGGGUCCCAAUACAAUGAGCGGACACUACUUAGUGUCAAAACUCUGGCUGCUGGCAGCAAUAAAACGUCCAACACUAAUGAAAGCAUUUUGUAUCAAAACACAAGUAGCUCUCAGUCAACCAUUGGUAUUGCAGUUGUGACAGCUUCCAAAGAUGCAGUGUUGGCAUCCAAGAGCCCUCACAAAAGACCUGGCUUAUCCACCGAUUUGAGCCCAACACCUGUUAAAAAAGCCCACAUUUCUGUGCUACCAGCCGGUGGAUCCGACGGACUAAAGUCAAACAUAAUGGCGAAGCAAAUUCCAAGAUCAAGUACUCCAAUAAGUCCAGAAAGUGCACCUCUCACAGCCAUAGGCAAAGCUACUACAGGUCCGGUCAGGAAUACUGGCUUCCAGACAGUUCGCAGACCACAAAGCAUCGCCCAGGGAAGAUGGGAAGGAGCUUCAUCAAUAACAGAUUAUAGAGUUCCUGUCUACUCUACAGCAAGUCAGGAUACUUCAGUGGGAAAUAUCAUGUUUCAGACUGGUUGCAGACCUCGAAGCAUCUCCCAAGGGAGAUGGGAAGGAUCUUCAAUAGAUAUCGAAGGUAGAGCUGUGGUCACUCGUACUGUUAGUGCUCCAGGUCAAGCAUUGCUACAAGUAACAAAAAACUCACAGGAUUUGCUUGUAGACCAGUCUGACUCUUCUGCAGUAUGUGAACUAAAGAGUGGAUUUUGGAAUAGGGAGCUGCAAGAUGACACUCAACAACAUCAGGAAAUGUAUGGCCCGCAAAUGGUGUCUGAGCCAAAGCUGUCCACCUCAGUGAUGGAGACUCUUCCUGUAAAUCAAGCCUCUCCUUCCGACCAGCAGGUUCAAAUGAGUGACUAUGGAACCCAGGCCAACCUUGGCUACUUUCCCUUUAAUGAUGAUGACAUGACCCAGGAUAGCAUUGUUGAGGAACUUGUACAAAUGGAAGAGCAGAUGAAAAUUAAAAAUAGCAUGCAAAGUUUCAGCAACUGUGUGGAUAAUUCACUACAAGGCCAGCAACAAACCAUGCAGACUACCACAAUGUCUACCCUCCAGUCCAACACCAUGUACUACAGCUCUGCUCAUAGCUGUAGCACCCCAAUCCAAACACCCACCCCAACUCCUACUCCCACUUCAGAGAUGAUAGGAAGUGGCCAGGGUUUGAAGCAUGAAAGCCCCUGUUCGCGCUUGGUCCCUACCACUCCAGUCGACAGUGCUCUUGGAAGUAGUCGUCAAACUCCUAUUGGAACUCCACACUCCAACUGCAGCAGUAGUGUCCCACCAAGCCCGGUGGAAUGCAGGAACCCUUUUGCCUUUACUCCUAUUAACUCCACCAUUACUGGUUACCAUGAUGGAAGUAUUGUCUCUUCAAGCCCCGUCAAACCCAUGCAAAGACCAAUGGCCACACAUCCAGAUAAGACUAAACUAGAAUGGAUGAAUGGUGGGUACAAUAACAGUGGUGGGAACUCCAACAAUGGCAUUAGCAUUCUUCCGAGCUACCAAGACCUAGUAGAUGACCACUUUCGAAAGCCUCAUGCCUUCGCCAUCCCAGGCCUGACCUGUCAGUCACAAACCAGACAUCAUGACUCCCAUAUUAGCCGCUUGAUAACCAUUUCGCCUGUCCAGCAGCAAGUGGCAAGCAUGGCUAGCCUCAACAAGAAAGAGGGUUUUGCUGUCCCAGCACCCCUUGACAACAAGGUCAGCACUUCUUCUUCAGGGUCUGGAACAUUUAGGUGCCGCAGCGUUAGCCCAGCAGUCAGGCAGCGCAAUUUGAGUGGUACCCAAGCUCCCAAUGUUCCCCACUCUGUGAUCUCUCCUUUCAACUCGCCCAUAACAACUGAAAUGCUAAACAUCUUUUCUAACAGUGACCCUGAUGCAAACAUCAGCAGCAUGGCACAGAGGAGUCAGUCUGUUCCUGUGACUGUGAUGAUGCAGUCUGAGGUUCUACCCAUGCAAGCAGGCCAGCAGAUGAAUGCCAAAAAUAUCACCAAUGUCUUGAUCAACAAAAUGGAUGGCGAUGGAGAUGACUCUGUACGUGGCCUCGGAAUCAACAACAUGCCGUCCAACUACACUGCCCGCAUGAAUCUCACCCAGAUUCUGGAGACCACCACAGUGCCCAGCUUCCCUGGUAGUGCCAGCCACCAAGCUCUGAUCUCGCCUUGUUCAUCAGCCUUUGAGUCCCAGAAGCCUGGUUACCUCAUGAGAAAUGCCAGGGAGGAGCCGAUGAGCUUCUCUGUACAUGAAAGCCAAGCACAAUCAGCCUCAGAGGAGCACCAACUGCCACAACAGCUGCAGCAGCACUUAGGUAGACGGCAGCUUCCUGGGCAGGAACCGCAGAGUCAGGACAUGCUGUUGCCUCUACAGCAAAACCUCCGACAACAUCAGCACCAGCAACCCUUGGAUUUAGACCGAACUAUUAAAGAUCUUUUACAUGAGGAAAGCUUGAAUGCUGGCUCACAUCUUGUGGGUCAAGGAUCAGAGCUCCGUGCUGGGAGUUCAGAGUUUCCCAGUGAUAUGCGACUAACCUCUGAGCUCACUGGUAGCAUAAAUGACUUAAAUACAUUGGACACCAACCUUCUUUUUGACCCCAGUCAACAGCAAGGACAAUAUGAAGACUCGACACUGGAAGAACUGAAGAAUGACCCACUUUUUCAACAGAUAUGCAGCGAGACUGCAAAUUCUGCUGGCUUUGACUGGCUGGAAAGCAAAGACCAGGCAACAGUGGAAAUGUUGGGUUAAUUUGUGCUUUUGUGUUGUUUUUGUAUUUGAAUAGGUUUCUAUGUAUGUAUUUUUUAAAUAUCAUCAGUGUACAGUAUGUAUUCAUCUCGUUGUGCAGCACCUACUACUAUAAGCCCCUGGAUGUCAUGACACAGGUCCAUACUGAAGUGACAGGCUGAACAGAAAUUAUCACUCCUUUCAAGAUUGCUGGUUCUUUGUCUCGAUGGUUAGUGGAAUACAACCUAUCCUGGGAGUAUGGUCACAGUUUUCAACCUUUUUCCCACCAGUUUUGCGAAGAAAACACACACCAGAGCUUUACAUAAGUUAUCAAAGACAUUUUUAUGCCUCUACACUGUUUUGUGCAUUCAGUUACACAACUUUUAUAUAAUCCUUUGAACAUUUUGCAGUCAAAGGGCAUUGUAUGGAAGAUUGGAAAACAACUUCUUUUUAACCCUUAAUCUUAAAGCAAAAUAUUUGUAUUUUGAGGUUACACCAGCUAUAUGAGGUACUGUGCCUCCUCUAAUUAGCUUUUUCACUCUGUAAACAAAGUCGGUGCUUCCAUGUGCAGAAAACCAUAAUAAGCAACAGCUUUGAACAUGUUACAGCAACAUUUGUAUUUUUCUAUCAGUCAACAAAUAAGGGAAGAUCACAUCAACAAUGUCAAGCUUUCAAGUGAUGCUUAAUAUUGAAAUACAGCAGCUUAUACAUGCAAUAGCUGUAUAUAAAGUAAUAACAUAUUGCACACAAAUGUGUCGUCAUGUCAGAAUUUGUAACCUGAGCCAAUAGGUAAUUUAUAUCUGCAGCUUUAUUCUUAUUGUCAACCACUGUCAAUUUGGAAGUAUGCAAUUACUUGCACAAAAUAACUUGUUACAUUAAAUGACUGGUGAAACUUUUUCAAAAUGAGUGCACUUUUGGUAUUUAAAUUUACAUAUGCUAAUAUUUAACUACAUUUAAAUCUUUGAAAGAUAAAUACUGACCCAAGUAGAGUAAUUUAAAUGUUUUUUUUUUUUUUGGCAGGCACUUCCCUAAGCUGCAUCCCAGGUUUCCCCGACCUCUAGCUUUGAUCAAUCAGAUUUUAUCUAACAGAGCAGGCCUGGUUUAAUUUAAACCCAGUCAAUAAAUAAUAAUAGCACUAGUUAUUGCACUAGCUGGCACCUUUAUAUUGCAUUUACAAUUUGAAUAUGGGUCUCAUUUUAAAUGUAAGAAUUGAAAGGAAAAAAUAGGGGUAAUCGUAACUGGAAAAAACUAAAAAUCAGUGUAUUAUAGUUAUGAAGAGAAAAAAAAAAUGAUAGGAGCGUUGGCAAAGUAUCCCAAAUGUUUGUUUUAUUGUUAACUAUGCAUUUAUGAGGCCACAAAAUGGAUGAUUAGCAACUUUUCUGGCUCUGUAUUAAUUUUCCACAAUUAAUGCUAGUCAUUUGGCAGUUGGCAUAAAUGAGAUUCAUUCAAGUAUACUCACAUGCACAUGGCUUGUUUUGGCAUUUUCAAUGACUGUUUUCUACUUGAGCACUUCAUUCAGGAACUUCUUUAUAACAUGCACUAUUGAAGAGCCUUUACCCCUUAAUCAAAGUAUCGCACCAGCUGUAAAAACAUCAGGAAACUGAAAAUACCCAGAUCGCAUUACUAAUAAAUGAGCUCAGUGCUAACAUCAUCAGAUAGCCCCCUGCCCCCACUCACUCUAAAAGAUGGAAUGAAGACAUUUAAUUCAAAGGGCCAUUAAUGUACUGAAGUACUUAGUUGUCUGCUUUCAUAAUAGUGGAACAUAAGAUACACUUGCUGAGUGUGGUAGUUAUUGAAUUCCAUCUUAGCCUUACUACUAUACCAAAGACAAGUUUUGUAACUACUGAGAAAAAGAAUUCUAAAAUUUUCGUAUCACCAUUUUCAAAUUUAAUUCUUACCCCAGCUUUUAAGAUGUAUGUUUUAAAAUGCAUAUAUGAAAAUUUCUCCCAGUUUUAAAUGGGGCCAAGACUGUGGGGUUGACAAGGGAAUUUGUUUUGUGCAUAAUUGUCCUUUGCAUACGACCACUGUAGCACUUCAAUUCUAUCUACAGGACAUGUCAGGCUUCAUGCUUCUGGGAUUUGUAGCAGGAAAAAUGUCCACUUUGGACUUUAUUUGUUGUGAAGCUCUGUAAAUAAGCUCAAUUUUAUAUAUAUAUAUAUAUAUAUAUAUAUAUA